UAUCGUCUAUUGAAUUGAAUUGUUUUGGUUUGGCCUCGCGGCAUAUCUUUGUUUUUUGUGUUAUUUAUGAGAAUUCCGAAAGAUGCUGCCCAACGCCAACGACAAGAAGGAUCGCUAUGCCAAAUUGUCCUUCCUUGGCGAAGGUCAGUUUGCCAUUGUUUAUAAGGCCCGUGACACGGUGACCAGUCAAAUUGUGGCCGUGAAGAAGAUCAAGAAGGGGUCCCGCGAGGAUGCACGAGAUGGUAUAAACAGGACGGCUCUGCGGGAGAUCAAGAUCCUGCAGGAGCUGCAGCACGAGAAUAUCAUCGGUCUGGUGGAUGUUUUUGGGCAGCUUUCGAAUGUCUCGCUCGUUUUCGACUUCAUGGACACCGACCUGGAGGUGAUCAUCAAGGAUACCAAGAUUAUCCUGACCCAGGCGAAUAUAAAGGCGUAUGCCAUAAUGACUUUAAAGGGACUGGAAUACCUGCAUCUGCAUUGGAUACUCCAUCGCGAUUUGAAGCCCAAUAAUCUGCUGGUCAACAGUGAUGGUGUGCUGAAGAUCGGUGAUUUUGGUUUGGCCAAAUCGUUUGGCUCACCAAACCGCAUUUACACACACCACGUGGUCACCCGGUGGUAUCGUUCGCCGGAAUUGCUUUUUGGAGCCCGGCAAUAUGGCACCGGAGUGGAUAUGUGGGCCGUGGGUUGCAUCCUGGCGGAGUUGAUGUUGCGGGUGCCCUUUAUGCCGGGCGAUUCGGACCUGGAUCAGUUGACCAAGAUCUUUGCCACACUGGGAACACCCUCGGAUGCGGAAUGGCCGCAUUUGGGCAAGCUGCACGAUUACCUGCAGUUCAGGAACUUUCCGGGCACUCCACUGGAAAACAUCUUCACUGCCGCAGGCAAUGAUUUGAUCCACCUAAUGCGUCGACUGUUCGCCAUGAAUCCUUUGAGGCGAGUGUCGUGUCGGGAGGCCCUGAGUAUGCCGUACUUCGGCAAUAAGCCCGCUCCCACGGUGGGUCCCAAACUGCCCAUGCCCUCGGCCAUUCUGGCCGCCAAAGAGGGCGCCAAUCCGCAGGCCGGCGAGGAGAAACCAGCGCUCAAGCGAAAGCUGGUCGAGACCACAGUGAGGGGCAAUGGAUUGGCCCAGAAGAAGCGACUGCAGUUCUAGCAUACACUUUAGGUAUCAAUAAUUUGUGGAAGCGUUGAGGAAUGCAUUGCAAUCCUAAUACGAAUCAGUUUCCAAGAAUUUUUUUAUUAUAUCUUAAAAAUUUAUAAUUAGUUUGCGGUGUUCAAGAGAAGCAAUUCUUUAUUAAUUUGAUCCCAUCAAAUCAAAUCAGUUAUAAAUUUCACUUAUUAGAGAGGGCAAAAAUAUUAGAAAUAUCCUUCCAUUGUUUAAGGAAUGCAUCCAAAAACAAAUCAGUUCCCAAACAGUUUCUAUUAUAUCUUAAAUAUUUGUAGAUGAUUUUAAGGAAUCAAUUCUAAGGGAUUUGUUAUUGAUUUACAUAGUCUACAAUUUCCGUGAAAUAAGUCAAUGAAAUUUCACUUCUUUGCGUUGCAUAAAAAAUAUACCUUUGUUUGCAUUGUUAUAAUUUGUAAUUGACUUGCAAACCUUUUCCUCAUUUAUCUUAACUUCCAUUAUUAAGCAAAAGAGGAGGAAAUCUCUGUAUGAUAAAACUAAGACUACGCUUAAGAUGAGGAUGAUUUAUUAAAGAUGUGACUUAAGGCGAA